AUGCAGGAGAACACCAGGAGCACCACUGGUAACCUGCAGCCUCCAGCAACAGCCUCCAACCGAAGCCCCCACCUGCCUGCACAGCCCCCUUCCACAGACACAGGGAAGAUGGUCCCGGGCAAGUGGGUGAGGGAGACGCUCCUGACCUUCGCUCGGGUCUCCCUCCCCACCCUGGGCUUUGGCUUCACCUGCCUGGGGGCCUUCCUGCUGUCCACCAGCAAGGGCGCCGCCAGCCACCCCGCCCAGGCGCCGUCCGCCUACGCCUGCAUCGCCCUGGGGUUCCUCCUGCUGAUCGUCGGGGUCUUCUGGGCCUUGCUUCUGAGGAGCAAGGCCUUCCUGCAAAGCCACCGAAGACGGCCACGACACAGGGACAGCCACGUCUUCACCGUCGACAGGCCUGAUUUUUACCCACCGUCCUAUGAAGAGUCCUCGUCUGGAGACGCAGAGAGCGCGUGGGUCGCUGAGACCGAACCCCGCUACAACAUAGCCCCUCCCCUUUACACGGCGAGCACCGCUGAGGUCCCCAGUGAGGCCUACAGCUCGGAGGACCCGCCCCCGUACAGCGAGACUCCCGUCCAGGGCGCGGGCCACCCGGACACCCCCCCUGCAAACCCCGCCGCCAGUGCCACACUGCCGAACGUCCCUCUCGACGGACAUUAG